AGAAAUUCUCUAGGGGGUUUUGUUGACUGCAUUUGUUUAUAGAUAUUAGGUUUAUUUCUACCCGAUCGCAAUUAAAUAUAAGAUGGUUAUGGGGAUGAUGCUUUAGAGAGGGUAAACAGGUGAUCUCAGAUGAAGGAAGGAAGUGGUGUCUUGAUGAUGGCUGUUGUUUCUCCAAGUGCAGCUGCUGCCGCCGCCGCCUACUCGUCUCCGGCCAUGGUGGUCCCCACGCCGUCCCCGUUCUCGUUUUCGGUUGCUUCUACAAGAUGGAGUUCGUCUAGACCUUCUAUUCGUAUGUCUGGUCUCUUUUGUAGGGCGAUGGUGCUGGUUUUCUCUUUUGCUUCUUCACUGGCACUCGCUGCCACCAUGUCUAACAACAAUCAUCAUGAAGAUAAGCCGAACGAUGGUCAUGAAGAUGAGCGGAGCUUCCAAGAAUACCCGGAAUUCGUAUACAGCUUCGUGGUGACCACUUUGGUUUUCGUCUACUCUGCAUAUCAACUCUUUAAAGGCGUUACCGACAUUGCUUAUAGAGGCAUUUUCAUAUCCGAUAGGACCUCGGACUACGUUAGCUUCGUUCUUGAUCAGUUGGCAGGCUACCUCCUACUUUCAUGCUCUUCAGUGACAGCAUUAGCAAUCCAUCAUGAAGAGGUGGAAGCAAAGAACACAUCAAUGAUGAAAGCAGCAAUGGUUUGUGUUUGCAUGUCUUUUGUUGCAUUUUUUAUAACUGCAGCUUCUGCAAUUCUGUCUGGCUACAAACUCAGCAAAAGAAUUAUGUGGUAGAACACAUAUCAACAUGUUAUUUGAAUACUCGGUGUUUUUGUACAUCUAGAUCUAGCUAUAGCUAGUAAAUAUGUCAGUAUAAAUAAACUUGUAACUUCAACUUUGCGAUGUUGGUACAAAACCGUACCAACAUGUACCAAUCGAAUAAAAGUUGGUACCAAGUUUACUUGGUUGGUACAUGGUAUAAAAUUCUGCGUACCAAUUAUAAUUGGUUGGUAUGUAAUAUAUUGAAAAAAAAAUUGAUAC